AUGGCUGGACUAAAACGUCCCGUUGACGGCAGCGAGGAGCGCAAUGGCAAGCGAAGCAAGACGAAGGAAGUCUCCGCAUCGAAGAAGUCGAAAUCCGCCGCGCCCGUGAAGAAGUCAAGCUCUUCUAAGAAAGACUCCAAGAAAGACUCAAAAUCCAGCAAGAGCGACACGAAGCCCUCGAAGAAGGUUCAGAAGGAAGAGUCCUCGGACGACGAUGACUUUGACAUUGACGAUGUGUCGGACGAAGACAUUGAUGCGCUUGAUGCCCUUUCAGAUGAAGAUGCCGAGAUGGAGGAUGUGAGCGAGGAGGAAGUCAAGCCCCAAUCAGACAAGUCCUCUGCUACGACCGGAAAGAGACAGGCUCUGGGAGAUCAGACAGAGGCUCUGAAGACCCAUAACAACAACAACUCUCGCGAAUCCCACAUCAAGCAGAAAGCGCUCCAGCAGGAGCGCAAGGCCGCGAAACCCAAUGCUGACACCGUUGCCCGCUCCAAGAAGUUGUGGGAGCAGUUGCGCCGCAAGUCCCAUGUGCCUUUGGAGCAGAGAAAGAAGCUCGUCAAGGAGCUGUUCGAGAUCAUCACCAAUCGGGUCCGUGACUUUGUGUUCAAGCACGACUCGGUGCGCGUUAUUCAAACUGCUCUGAAGUAUGGAAACCUGGAGCAGCGCAAGCUGAUUGCGCACGAGCUGAAGGGCACUUACAAGGAGCUGGCGCAGAGCCGAUAUGCCAAGUUCCUGGUCGGAAAGCUGAUUGUCCACGGUGAUGACGAGACCCGUGAUUUGAUUAUUCCGGAAUUCUACGGCCAUGUCAGACGUCUCAUUCGUCACCCUGAGGGUUCUUGGAUUCUCGACGAUAUCUACCGCACGGUGGCGACCAGGGCACAGAAGGACAGACUCCUUCGCGAGUGGUAUGGCCCGGAGUUCAUCAUUUUCCAGGAUGAGAACGAGACCACCUCAGACCUUUCCAAGAUCAUCGAAGCUCACCCCGAAAAGCGUGGGCCUAUCAUGAACUACUUGCGCGAGCUGAUCAACCAGCUGGUGCAGAAGAAGAGCACUGCGUUCACCAUGCUCCACGAUGCCAUGUUGCAAUAUUUCCUUAACACCAAACCCGGUAGCAAUGAAGCGAACGAGUUUAUCGAGCUGCUCAAGGGCGACGAAGAGGGUGAUCUCGUCAAGAACUUGGCUUUCACCAGUUCUGGCUCCCGUUUGAUGUGCCUGACCUUUGCAUACUCUAACGCUAAAGACCGCAAACUGCUUCUACGAUUCUACCGCGACACUGUCAAGGUCAUGGCUGGCGAUCUCAACGCCCACCAGGUCAUCCUUGCCGCAUACGAGGUUAUUGACGAUACGAAACUGAGUGCCAAGUCCUUCUUCCCCGAGCUCCUAAACCAGAAUGAAAGCGAAGAUGCCCGAAAUGACGAACUCAUUGCCCAAGUCAAUGACUUGACUGCCCGUAUUGCCGUCCUAUACCCCUUUGCCGGUGAGCGCGUCAAGUGGCUCCUACCCGAGGUGGACCAGAAGGUUCUCGAGGAAGUCCGCGAGAUCCGCAAGGAGACCUCCAAGAAGGAGCCGGCCAUGCGCCGCCUGGAACUCGUCAAGGCUGCGUCGCCGACACUGCUUGAGUUCAUCGCUGCCCGCGCCUCCACCCUCCUGGAGACCACUUUUGGCUGCCAAUUCCUCUCCGAGGUGCUGUUCGAAGCCGACGGUGACAAGACUGCAGCUCUCGCAGCUGUCGCCGAGGCUGCCAAGUCGCAGACCGAAGCCCGGAACACCGCACAUGCGGGACGUCUUCUCAAGUCGCUUGUACAAGGCGGACGGUUCAACCCGGCCACGAAGAGCGUUGAGAAGGUGGAGCCGGCGUUGGACUUCCACAAUGUGCUGUACGAGCAGAUCCAGGAUGAGGUCAUGGACUGGGCGACGGGGGCCAACCCCUUCGUGAUUGUCGCAUUGGCCGAAUCGGAGGACUUUGAGAAGAAGAGUGAGCUGCUCAAGACUCUGAAGAAGAACAAGAAGGCGCUGGAGCAGGCCUCUGCGUCGGGCGAGGAGAAGGAUGGAAAGAAGAAGCCCAGCCCGACUGCCAGUGGUGCUAAAUUGUUGCUUUCAAAGAUCUAG